AGCGCGUGCGUGGUUAGCGAGCAUGACUUGGCAGCGUGCCGGUUGCUUUGCAGUUCGUGCCCGCCGUGUAUUUUGUUGUGAUACUGAUAAAUACCAUGUGCGCGCUCUCUUCUUGAAUUGUGUAGCUGUGUCCUUUUUAUUUCCAUUGUUGUGCGGUUAUUUUUAACGGAAUUCGCUUACAUUUACCACUGAGUUUUUGCUACGAGCUUUGGAUGUAAACACGGACAAGUAACUUGUGUGAUUUAUAGACGUUUUUGUGGGAUAUAUUGACUGUUUUCUUCAAGAAAGUCGACUAGAAAUUUGAGGGACCAAGAUGUUGUCAGUCGCAAGAGUUAAGAAGUUGGGCGGUAUGUUCUUCAUCGCAUUCUGCUUCCAGUACAUGAUCCUCUUCUAUGUUUUCGCCCAGUCUACAGCCCCAAACCAAAAACACAAGCUCAUACCUCGCCAUGCUACAACCAAAGAUAUCCGCGGCCCGACGUAUCACGUCCACAAGGUCGACCCAAUGUCAGUGUCCAUGAGGGAGGCGUACGAGAGCCGAAGACUCCUAGUGGAGAGCAACCGGCCGAGACUGGUAUCUCGUCGGGAGAUUAUCGAAGAGUAUCGGAACCCAUCUUCAACAAUGACUGAGUCGCCUGCUGGAUCCAAGCGGUAUAUCCCGUUGGGAAGACAGACCAGCGGAGAGGAGUUUCUAAGCUGUGGGACCUGCGCUCUUGUUUCCAAUUCAGGUCACAUCACCCACUCCAGAAGAGGCGAUGAAAUUGACGAAGCUGAAUGCGUGUUCAGGUUGAAUUCAGCACCAACCGUUGGGUACGAACUAGACGUGGGCCGCAAGACAACUGUCCGGGUCAUCUCUCAGGAAGGUUUGUCAGAGUUGGUAGCGAAUGCCAGCACGCUACUUGACAAUCACCCGUCAUUGAAGAACGUCUUCGUUCAUGGCUCGGAGCAUGCAUUCUCCCUCGGCUCCAUACCAAGUGUAAUGGGCCGCCUUUCGUCAAAGUACCCCAGGGUGGGUUUCUAUCGCCCCUCAAAGGCUCUGGAUGGGGAAGCAGAUGCUGAAUUUGAAAAGCACACUGGAAAACAAAGGCUUUCCUCAGGGACAGAACUUUCAACUGGUCUGUAUGCCCUCAUGAUCAUGAAAGAUGUGUGUGGAGAAAUCAACGUCUACGGCAUGGUGCCAGAGGACUAUUGCAGGUUGCAUCCCAACAGCAAUAUCCCCUACAGCUACUACAAGAAGCCAGUCUUACCAGAGUGCAUGAUGUACGAAUACCACGAGAACGUGGACCAAGGAGGAAAGAGACUCAUGACUGAGCGACGUGUCUUCCGAAACUGGGCCAAGAGCAGCCGCAUCAGCUUCCAUGACCCUUCCUGGGACUAAACAACAAUUUUGUACCCGUAACAUAAAAAAAUUGCUUUGCCCUUUUAAAAAACUCAGGCAGUAAUCGAUGACAUCUCAUCCGUGUCAAAGAUUUUCUUUAUUAUAAUUUUUGCAAGUUUAUUAUUAUUGUUUUGCUGUCAGUUAGAACUAAAUUUUCUUCAAUUUGGUAGCGUUGAUCCUUCUUAUAACGUAUUUAAGUUGCAGUGCAGGCUUUGCGUCCCUCCCUUCUUUGUUAACAAUUUCAAAAGACCAGUUUGGGUUCUUUUAUUUCCCCUUCCCCCUUCCUCCAAAGGCUCAAAAGAAUUGAGAUGAUUUAAUUGAGUGUGCAUGUUUGCCAAGAUACAACAGAGAAAUCAUAUGGACAGCUUCAAAGCCAGUGGUUGCCAAGUAUGAAAGAAAUACAAGUGUUUGGUAAACAUGCAAACAAAUUAACCAAAUGAUUUAAUUAGUUCUAAUCCCUUUUUUAAGUUGGGGAGGGGGCGGUAAAGGUUUCUGGACAGUGUACUUCAAAAGUUUAAUUUAUGUAUUCUACAGGUCCCUUUGCAUCAGCGCCUUUGCCGAGUUCAAACAAUGAAAAGAGUGCGCAAAUACUCGCAACUCUAAUUUAAUGAGAGAUCUUCCUUUGAUCUCCUUGAGGGCGCUGUUUGACCGUGUAACAGAAAUUUCUAGGGGUCUGUUGUUGUUUUUAAUAGUUAUGCAUAAAAGCAAGUGUUUUAAAACUUUUGGGCAUCAUAGCUUUAGAGUCAUAGGUGUAUUCAAACAUAAGUAGAUGUUUCUGUAACUAGCAGAUUGGUUACGUAGGUUGAGUUUAUAUAGUGUAGUGACAGUGUAGUCAAAUGUUAAAAUAACGAAAUUCUCAAGAGAUGAUAUUUUCGCACAAACAAUGCAAGUUUGUUCUUUUUUUUUUGUAUUCAAGGAAUUGUACACCAUUAUUUAAAGAUUUAAAGUAAGAGCCAGCCGAUUAUAAAAGUGGCGGGUUUAUUUCAUUGUACAGAAUAUAAUAAAAAUUCCUUCACUUUUUAAAACAGGGUUUAAUAUAUAAAAGUCACAAGUCAGCUGCGCAUUUUGGUAUGGAAUGUUUUUCCACAUUUCCUCCUGCGAUAAAUGACAACAGGCCAAAUUGAUUACAAGUUCUCAUGGCAUUUGGUACCACCAGUACUAUAGUUCGUCCAGGGUAAACUUUGAGAACAAAUAAUUUGUAAGCGCUAAACUUAUGACUUUCGCAGUGGUGUACAAAGCCUUGAGCCCCAACUCCUCAGAAACGUGAGCAAGGAGCUGUUCAAUUUUUUUCAGAAUCCUUUAGUUUGUUGGUGAAACUUUCAAGCAAACCAUUGCUUUGAGGGUAUGACCCCUAAAGCCUGGUUCAUACUGUCAUACUUCCUUUCGAACGCGAUACAAAUUUUGACGUCACAGCCCUGUUUUCGCUGCAAAUGGUUCGCAGCAGUUGAGUACAUUUCAACUCUUACGAACUAUUUGUUGCGAAUUUGUGACGUAGAAAUUUGUAUUGCAUUAGCAGGAAGAAUGAACUAGGCAUGAUGCCGAGCAUUGUUAUUUUGCUUGCAAGGUGUUUGCGAGUCCGUCAAAGUCUGACAGAACUUGGGAAAGGAUUUUAGAGGAUUCUGAGUUGUUGUGGUGAGUUUUUUCAUAAAAUUUGACUUGAUUAUAUUACUCGAUUAAAGUAUGCUCAGUUAUUAUCAAUCAAAUGUGUUUUAUUUUAAAACAAGAUAUUGUAAAUAUAACUAUUUUUGUGCAAGAAAAUAUCAGUAUUAUCAUGCAACAAGUUCUUGUCGCAAGUUUACAAAACUUGUCGAUGUGGUAAUUUAUCUUGAUUGUGUUGUUAGUUUAUAUAUGUGUGGUGACCAGAAACUCAUAAUAUGCCAAGCGUAUAAUGGUUUCAUGUUUAAAGAAAGAAAAAAGAAAUGUCAACUUUAACAAUUCCCUUCCUCUUUAUAUUAAAACUAUUAAAUUUAUUGAAAGGAAAAAGCAACAUUUGUGCACUUUGCACAAUCUACAUGAAUAACAAAGAAUACUUAAUGAUGUAUCUAAAUGGAUGUUAUAAAAAUUGUUUUUACCCUUACAUUGAUCUGUAUACUUUCCUGAGGUCUGUCGAGAAAACAAAUCCACAGGCAAACCACUUGGUGAAUACAUAGAAUGCAAACUGCCUCUAGCUACUAGGCACGCUCUGUGGUUUAGUGGUAAGACAUCUUCAAAGGUCAUGGGUUUGAAUUCCA